UUCAAGUACUAGUCGGAACUAGGAAACUCUGAAAUGUACAAAUUGUUAACUGGUUACAGUUAUACACAUGCAGCUUUCAAUGUAUCAGCAAGUUGGAUAUUUCAGAGUUACCUAGUUCUAACUAGCAUAUGAACGUGGCAUCAUGACGUGUUCAAAACAACUGGGAACUCUGAAAAAAACACUGUCAUGCCACUUAAAGUUCCAACUCGGGAACUCAGGAAAAAAACACUGUCAUGCCACUUAAAGUUCCAACUCGGGAACUCAGGCCUCUUUCUAAAGCUCAAACUUUCCGACCUGAAGAUCACUGAAGUCAUGAUUUGACCUAGCAUUUUUCAGAGUUUCCUGUUUUAAACGCAGCAAGAUUCUGAGUUGGUUGACCAACUGGUUGGUUGACCAACUGGUUGGUUGUCUAAUCAUUUUUCCAAGUAAGAGCUCAUUUUUUAGAGUCUGAAAUUUCCGAUUUACGAGAUUCCAGGUCCCAGCCGUUUUGAACGUGACAGAUGUCAUCCCAGUGAGGGGGAUGUGAUGAUGUCAUUCUGUAGUCCAUGAGAGGGAUGUGAUGAUGUCAUUCUAUAGUCCAUGAGGGGGAUGUGAUGAUGUCAUUCUGUAGUCCAUGAGAGGGAUGUGAUGAUGUCAUUCUAUAGUCCAUGAGAGGGAUGUGAUGAUGUCAUUCUAUAGUCCAUGAGAGGGAUGUGAUGAUGUCAUUCUGUAGUCCGUGAGGGGGAUGUGAUGAUGUCAUUCUAUAGUCCAUGAGAGGGAUGUGAUGAUGUCAUUCUGUAGUCCAUGAGAGGGAUGUGAUGAUGUCAUUCUGUAGUCCAUGAGAGGGAUGUGAUGAUGUCAUUCUGUAGUCCGUGAGGGGGAUGUGAUGAUGUCAUUCUAUAGUCCAUGAGAGGGAUGUGAUGAUGUCAUUCUGUAGUCCAUGAGAGGGAUGUGAUGAUGUAAUUCUGUAGUCCAUGAGAGGGAUGUGAUGAUGAAAUUCUGUAAUCCGUGAGAGGGAUGUGAUGAUGUCAUUCUGUAGACCAUGAGAGGGAUGUGAUGAUGUCAUUCUGUAGUCCAUGGGAGGGAUGUGAUGAUGUCAUUCUGUAGUCCAUGAGAGGGAUGUGUAAGGAGGAGGACUAUGCGUUCCUGGGAGAGAAGGGGAAAAGCCACAAGGAGACAGACACGCUGGGAGAAGACUGGAAGGAAGACAAAGUGGAGAGGGUGCGGCGGCGUCGGGAGCGAGUGCAGCAGGAGCAGGACAGAAUCCGAGACCUGGAGGAGAGUAGGAAGGAAAAGGAGCAGCUGUGGCGUCAUCAUGUAGCAGAGUUGGCCUCCACUCAGGAACAAAGACUCAGAGAAAGACUGGCACGACUCCGUCGCUUCAGGGACUUCCAGAGGAGUGUGCUAGCAGAGGAGAUGUCCCUCCAGACAGACUCUGAAUCCAGCCAAGCCCUGGACCAGCUGCUUACCAGGAUCUAGACAACAUAGACCUGCAGGAAAGACCCAUUUCACAACCAGUUCACAGACAACCUGUCCCUUCUAAUCAGUAUAUAUAUCUAUAGUCAUCUCUCUCCACUUGUCUGCUGUUCAGUCUACAGAGUGAUCUAGACUGUAUAGAUCUAUAGUCAUCUCUCUCCACUUGUCUGCUGUUCAGUCUACAAAGUAAUCUAGACUGUAUAGAUCUAUAGUCAUCUCUCUGUAUUAAUAAUAGGAGCUGUAUUAGUAAUAGGAGCUGUAUUAGUAAUAGGAGCUGUAUUAGUAAUAGGAGCUGUAUUAGUAAUAGGAGCUGUAGGAGCUGUAUUAGUAAUAGGAGCUGUAUUAGUAAUAGGAGCUGUAUUAGUAAUAGGAGCUGUAUUAGUAAUAGGAGCUGUAUUAGUAAUAGGAGCUGUAGGAGCUGUAUUAGUAAUAGGAGCUGUAUUAGUAAUAGGAGCUGUAUUAGUAAUAGGAGCUGUAUUAGUAAUAGGAGCUGUAUUAGUAAUAGGAGCUGUAGGAGCUGUAUUAGUAAUAGGAGCUGUAUUAGUAAUAGGAGCUGUAGGAGCUGUAUUAGUAAUAGGAGCUGUAUUAGUAAUAGGAGCUGUAUUAGUAAUAGGAGCUGUAUUAGUAAUAGGAGCUGUAGGAGCUGUAUUAGUAAUAUGAGCUGUAUUAGUAAUAGGAGCUGUAUUAGUAAUAGGAGCUGUAUUAGUAAUAGGAGCUGUAUUAGUAAUAGGAGCUGUAUUAGUAAUAGGAGCUGUAUUAGUAAUAGGAGCUGUAUUAGUAAUAGGAGCUGUAUUAGUAAUAGGAGCUGUAUUAGUAAUAGGAGCUGUAUUAGUAAUAGGAGCUGUAUUAGUAACAGGAGCUGUAUUAGUAGUAGAUGG